UGCAAUGGCUUCCAAAACUGAAGCUUACUCAGGCAAACAAGUGCCAUUUUAUUAUGAAAAUGAAGUCUGCAGACAAGCCCACUUUAUUAAAUCACCACCUCCUCAGCUUUUUUCCUCCCAGGCUUCCUGGAAAAAUCGGUUUUUUAUCCUGUCAAAAAAUGAGAAAAAUUGCUACAGUCUUCAGUAUUUUAAAGAUCAUCACUGCCAGGGUUCCAUUGAAAUUGAUCAAAUUUCCAGUAUACAAGUUGGAAUCAGUAACCAUGAGAAAAUGGCAUCAGUCCAAAAGAUGUUUAAAUGCUUACCUGAUGAGGUGAUGUCCAUUAUAACCCCUAAAAGGGAUUACUUUCUCAUUGGCAAAGACUGGAGGACAAUUGAAGACUGGGUCUCCUUCAUAUCAUCAUCUUGCCUAGAUUUGAAAGUCACUCAUCAGAAUGCAAAGAAUAUAAAUCUUGUGAAUCAAGACGCCAGAAACAAGGCCAGUGUUGUACAGCCUCUUGACUCUAAAGAGAACAUCUAUCAAAUCAUUUCAGAAAUUGAUGAUGAUGUGCAAGAGAAACAUUUCUCAGAAGAGAGAAGACCUGUUUCCUAUCCUGGCCAUUGUUCUGAUUCUCUUAAUUCAUCAGAGGGCAAAAUCUGCUCAAGUCUUCCAAGAAACAGUCUGCCAGACAUGAAAACAUUUGCUCUCACUCGAUCAUAUGCGGUGAAAUUGAAAACACUUAAUUAUCUUCCCAUGUCCCAAAGGAAACAUAAUUUUCUUCGUAAGCAGCAAAUAGAAGGGAAUUCUUCAAAACCCAGCCAGUCUCCUCUGAUGAGUGAUUUAGCUCCUGAGAACCAAGAAGAGACAAAAGAGGAGAAUCAUUAUCUUAGUCCUCGAAGUAUUCUUGCUCAGUUGAACGAUAUAAUUGCUUCCAGUGAAGACAAAGAAUUUGCUGAAUCCAAAGAAUCAGACCAAGUCUCCAAGCCAACUGAUCAUCUCUACAUGUUAAUGAAAUCUUGUUUUGAUGAAGAGAAAUUCCAGCAAUCUUUCAAUAGCAAAGAAGAAGCUCUUCCAGCAAACCAGGAUGAGGGACUCAACCUGCAGAGACAAGAGGAAAGAAACAAGUCAUGUCAUUCAUCCAGUAGCAAAGAACCAAAGACUGAGAACCAGAAAAGGAGAUUGAGUUCACUUUCCAUUGUGCAGCUAUCCAGAAUAAUCAAUAACAUACCUGCUGGAAGCUCCCUGGAAGAAGUGGAUGUGUUCCUUUCCAAGAAUGACAUCAACAAAUACCUGACAUUCACCCAAGCUAUAGGUCAUAUAUGUGUGGCUCAGUGGGAAGGUCCCCCACAUUUGGGAUGUAUAUUUCACCAAGGAGAUCGCCUAUCAGCUGUGAAUGACCUUAAGCCUCAUAACCUGGAGGAGGUGGGCUUAUUCCUGGACAGAUCCUUAAAGAAGGAGGUGAAGUUGACCAUCUGCCGGAUCCCCGAUUCAGAUAAAUUCCAUACUGUGACCUGUGCCUGCUCUUGAAAAGUACCCUUUUGGCUAAGGCUGGGGUAUCCACUAUCUCCUCUUCAGAUAAGUGGUGAAAGAAUAUGAAUAAAGAGUUUUCAGUAAGAAUUUCAAAUAUGAAUGAAAACUAACAUAUAAGAAGGAUGCUUCAAAUUACUACUAAUAAAACACAAAAUUGAAACAACUUUAUAGUUAUAUCCCACAUCCAGCAAACUGAAAAAUGACAGAAGAUGAGAAGAGUCAAUGGUGGAUGUGCUGACAAAGGGGCACAGCCAUAUAUUAUAGGUGGAAACAUUGAUUAGUCCAAUCAUUCUGGAAAACAUUUUGGAUUUAGGUGAAGUAAGUAAAAUAGCUGCCAGGUAUAAACAAUAAGGUAAUCAGGAACAAAAAGACAGUCCCUAUUUUUGUCUAAAUUUAUAUUUUUGUAUGUGGUAGCAAAAAAACUGGAAGCAGAGUAGAUGUCCACUCAUCAGAGAAUGACUAAAUAAAAUUUUUCAAGUGAAUUUAUGGGAUAUUCCUAUGCUAUAAGAAAUAAUAAACAUCAUGAAUACAAAGAAGCAUGGAGAAACUUAUAGCAACUGUUUCAAAAUGAAGUGAACAGAAUCAAGAAAUCAUUUACACAGUGACUCUGACAUUGUAAACGAGUGUCCAGCUCUGCCUAAGGAUACUUUACAUGAUUUAUUUCACUGCUCUAAGUUUGUUUCCUCCUCUAAAAAAUGGGGAUGAAAAUGUCUGUGUUGACUACAGUUUUGAGAAAAGUGCUUUACAAAACGUAAAUGCUAUUGACCUGUGAGCAGCCAUUAUUGCGCUGAUAAAGUCCUACAUACUGAUAUCUCCUCAGAGCCUGGAGGUAACCUUGGGCUCUCAAGUGCUAAGGCAAUGAAGUGAAAUCUCUGGUAGGUUCAAGAGACUUAAAAGGAUUUGAGUUUGGCUUCAAGAGCUGCAUCUUGCCUGAAAUCCAGUUUACCUAAGCAUGGGGAGACUCAUUACUAGAAGGUGAUUAGCUUUCCGGGAGGGACAACUCAAUAAUAAUAACAAAAAUCAAAACAAUUCUUUAUAAUAAUAAUAAUAAUAUCUUCUUGUCUCGUUGAAUCAGAUGGAAGAUUACAGAUAUGGAACACUACAUAUAACACAAAAUUUUUUUUUCAAAAUGUUGGCUGGUUUUAAUGAACUAUUUUCUUUAUCUUUAAAAGAAAUUCUUUAUUAUAAGGAAUGGUUCUAUAGGAAAGGGCAAGGGGGAAAAAUACAGUGGAAAGUGGAAACCAAAGGUAUCCAUAUUUUUUAAAAAGAAUCAAAGUAAUAUUACUUAAGGCUAAUAUGGGUCUGGGUGGGCAGUCUUAAUAAUGAUGCUUAUGGUGCAGUGAAUAAAGCACCAAUCCUGAAGUCAUGUGAACCUGAAUUCAAAUAUGGCCCCAGAUACUCAAUACUUAUAAGCUAUGUUACUCUGAGCAAGUUACUCAACCCCAAUUGCCUUGAAAAAAAAAUAAUAAUAACAAUAAAAUAAGGAUCCUAGUUUGUUGAAAGAACUUUUCUAAUGUAACCCUGACAGAAAAGACUGGGGAAAUGAGUCUAUCCCCCACUCAUUUUUCAAAUCCAUCUUGAUUGUCCCAAAAACCUAAAGGAAAAGAAGAGUUUGAAACUGUUAAAAAUUACAGAGAGGUCAAGAAUGAGGAUUGAGAAAAGGUCACUGGAUUAAGAUACUGAAUAAGUCAUUUAAGACUUUGGGUCACAGCUUCUACAUCUGAAAUAUGGAAAUAAUAGUCACAAAGAUUCAUUUUCAUGAGUUCAAAUGUAGUGCCAGCCUAGCUAUG